AUUGCAGCGAUGAACAUUUAUGUUUUAAAAACUCAUCGGGAUUCUAGGAUUUUACACAGCAGGACAGCUAAAAAAACCUGGCAGAUAAUGUGAAGGAAACGAAUUUUUAAGGGACAGCUUUCAAAAUUACUGUGAAUUUGGAUUUUCGGUGCAGUUACAAAAGUAAGAACAACGGAGAAAAACUAUUACCUCGGUCGCUUGUUAUGAAGUUGUUUGAAGCCACAAGCUGGUUUUGCUGAACGAGAAAAGAAGCUAUACUGCCGCCUCGAUUGCUCUAGUGAAUGGCUACAUAGGCUGUAUUUGUAGCUGGUUACUUGUGAUUUAUAUUCUUGAUGUCGGAUAAACAAGCCGCAGUUAUCUAUCGGCGAGUGACUCGAUCAGCGAAUGGCUUCGCGAUCAUGAAGAAAAAACACCUGUCUUCUUUCGUAGCUGGUCAAGGUACUUUAGUUCCAUGUAUUUUCAUGUGUUUUUCGACAAACUUUCAAACAAGCUUUUGUGGCUUUUUUGUUUGUUUUUGUCUUUUUUCUUUCGAUGAAAUUGCAUUUCUAGUAUUCUAAGAAAUGAAUUAAAACGAUUUGCUUCGGGCGUCGUUCUAUCCUUGGCAAAAAAAAAUCUCAGCUAGCAUACAAUUUUAAACUGACGCGUACAUCGACCAUAUAUGGAGAGCAUGGUGUCAUAGCUCAUAUACCAUAACGGCUAAGCCAAUCAAAAUGCUAGAAUUGCAUUAUCCAAUGAUUCAGUUUUUAAUAACAUGUUAUAUAACAUAACAUUUACUAUAUGUUGUAUAACAUAACAUAAAAUAACAUAACAUAUGUUAUAUAAGACAACAUAACACAUGUUAUAUAACAUAACAUAUGUUAUAUAACAUACCAUAACAUAUGUUAUAUAACAUAACAUAGGUUAUAUAACAUAACAUAUGUUAUACAACACAACAUAACAUAACACAUGGUAUAUAACACAACACAUGUUAUAUAACAUACCAUACCAACAUAUGUUAUGUCACAUAACCUACGUCAUAUAACAUAUGUUGUACAACAUAACAUAACGUAUGUUAUAUAACACAACAUAACACAUGUUAUAUAACAUAACAUAUGUCAAAUAACAUAACAUAUGUUAUAUAACAUAACAUAACAUAUGUUAUAUAACAUACCAUAACAUAUGUCAUAUAACAUAUGUUGUAUAACAUAACAUGUUAUAUAACAUAACAUAUGUUACAUAACAUAACAAUUAACAUAUGUUGUAUAACAUAACAUAAACUAACAUAACCUAUGUUAUAUAACAUAACCUAUGUCAUGUAACAUAUGUUGUAUAACAUAACAUAACAUGUGUCAUAUAACAUAUGUACAUAACAUAACACAUGUUAUAUAACAUAACAUAACACAUGUUAUAUAACAUGACAUAACAUAACAUAUGUUGUAUAACAUAACAUAACAUAUAUCAUACAACAUAUUUGGUAUAACGUAACAAAAUAACACAUGUUAUAUAACACAACAUAACAUAUGUGAUAUAACGUAACACAACACUUGUUUUAUAACUAACAUAACAUAUCUGAUAUAACAUAACAUUUAACACAUGUUAUAUAACAUAACAUAUAUUAUAUAAUAGACCAUAACACAUGUUAUAUGACAUAACAUAACAUAUUUGAUAUAACGUACCAUCACAUAUGUUAUAUAACAUAACAUAACACAUGUUAUAUAACAUAACAUAGGUUAUAUAACAUAACAUUUAACAUAUGUUAUAUAUAACAUAACAUAACAUAACAUGUUGUAUAACAUAACAUAUGUACAUAACAUAACACAUGUUAUAUAACAUAACAGCAUAUGUUAUAUAACAUAUCAUAACAUAUGUUAUAUAACAGAACAUAUGUUAUAUAACCCAACAUAACACAUGUUAUAUAACAUGACACAUGUUAUAACGUGACAUAACAUAACAUAUGUUGUAUAACAACAUAAAAUAAAAUAACACAUGUUAUAUAACACAACAUAACAUAUGUGAUAUAACGUAACACAACACUUGUUUUAUAACUAACAUAACAUAUGUUAUAUAACAUAACAUAACAUAUGUCAUAUAACAUAACAUAUGUUAUAUAACAUACCAUAACAUACGUUGUAUAACAUAACAUGUUAUAUAACAUAUAUGUUAUAUAACAUACCAUAACACAUGUUAUAUGACAUAACUUAACAUAUGUGAUAUAACAUACCAUCACAUAUGUUAUAUAACAUAACAUAACACGUGUUAUAUAACAUAACAUGUGUCAUAUAACAUAUGUUAUAUAACAUAAUAUUUGUUAUAUAACAUAACAUUUAACAUAUGUUGUAUAACAUAACAUUUGUUAUAUAACAUAACAUUUAACAUAUGUUGUAUAACAACAUAACAUGUUGUAUAACAUAACACAUGUUAUAUAACAUAACAUAGCAUAUGUUAUAUAACAUGUCAUAACAUAAGUUAUAUCAGAUAACAUAUGUUGUAUAACAGAACAUAUGUUAUAUAACACAACAUA